AAUUAGGCUAUAAUCAACAGCGAUCAGCAGGAUCAGCGGUGUUGAAGUAAAAGCACACGUCGAAAUUCCUGUUUUGACAUUGUAUCUUGAAAUAUUAACUUUUCUGGGCUUGGGUAGCUCUUAUAAUUAAUUUAUUCCAGAAUGCAGUGUAGCCCCAUUGAACAUUGUGACCCUGAGGAGUAAUGGAGGUUAUGUUGUAUUCACAGAGUAAUCGGGAAAGACUUUAAUACUAUAUAUUACACGUAUAGUUUCUUACACGGACAGUAACAAUUAAAUUGGUGUAGAAUGGAGUACAGAGGUAAACAAAUAAAAAGAAAAGACGCAAAUAAUGAAAAGUCUAAGUCGUCAAAAAUCACGUCGGAGGAGAAAGAAGGUGAAUCAAAAGAAAAGGAAAGCAAAUAUGGGCACAUGCCAACAUUUCCAUAUCAGCGAGUAUUUACCCGAGCCAUUCUGAUAUUAGGGGUUCUAACAGUUGUAUACUUUGGAACAAAGGAUGGCAGAGAAGUUGCACUUGCUAAACAAAAAGAAGUAUUACACCAUCGAGCACAGGACAUCACUUGUUCAGAUGACUACAAGGCUGAACUUGAAUCAUUUCCCGGAUGUGUGCCAAGGCGUUGUGGACGUGCGAUGUCAGAUAAAUUGGUAUCAGGAAGUGAAGCGGAUGUCCUUUUGAGCAUUGCAAAGCGCGGUAUGGCUCUGGGAGGUUCUCAAGGAGGAGCAACUAUACUGGAUUUGCAUUCAGGUGCAUUGUCACAGGGAAAGAAUUUUGUCAACAUCUACCGUCUUAAUGAUGCCAAGGAUGUGUUCAAGAAGACUGACUUUACAUUUUACAAGGUGGUAAAGACGAAGAUUCAGAAUGCUAUUGCUCAUCACUUUGGAGUGCAGCCACAAUCACUCUACCUGACACAUCCAACGUUUUUUUCACGCCUCACCGCUGCCCCCGCCCUGACAGUACAUGACGAGUACUGGCAUCCACAUAUUGACAAGGAGACUUACGAAUCAUUCCAUUAUACUUCUCUUCUUUAUCUUUCUGAUUAUGGCCGUGACUUUCAAGGGGGAAGAUUUGUCUUUAUUGAUGGUGACAACACAAACAGAACCGUAGAGCCAAGAAAAGGUAGAGUAUGUAUGUUCACAUCUGGCUCAGAGAACCUCCACUAUGUGGAAAGAGUCAUGUCAGGGACUCGAUAUGCCCUAACUGUGUCAUUCACUUGUGAUCAGAAAUAUGCGAUAGAUGACCCAACAUUACCAUCAUCUCCACAGAAUGAACAGAAGCAAUAGCAAUUGUGAUUUGGUUCCUAUUUGUAAAAUGACAAAUAUUUGUAUACAGUUAAUUCAAAUACCGUCUGUUCAGAAAAAUAAUGUUGUUUUCUGAAACACACAUUUGCUUUAAGUUCUCAACCAUACGCAUUAACAAAGAAUGAAAACAUCACAUUCUUCGGUGAAAUAUAUAAAAUACACUCAACUCUCGAUUAUCCGGGAUAAUGGUGGGCAUGGAAGUCGCGAUUAAUCAAAAACCCAGUUAAGACAAAUUUUAUUAAAAGUAGUACUGUAAUACUGUACCUUCAUAAUACUAUAGGCCUACCUGUAUUUAAAU